UGACGCUCUCGCGAUACUCUCGUGGUUCUCCGACUUAUCCGGAAACAUGGCAGACGAGCACGGGCGAAAAUGGGACCGCUGUCUUGCUGACACAGCCGUAAAAACAGUGACAGGCAUCAGUGUUGGCAUCGUGUUCUCCGUCCUCUUCUUUAAACGUCGAACGUGGCCUGUGUCAUUCGGGUCGGGCCUGGGGUUGGGAAUGGGAUACAGCAAUUGCCAGCAUGACUUCAGGUCACCAUAUCUGAUUCAUGGUCGUAUGGUUAAGGACCAGUAAUGAAACACUGAAGAAGACAAUGAGAAUCUCAUCUUUGUCAGUUGAUUUAUCAUACAGCUUGUCUCCUUCUUGGCACAAACAUCCAACGAUGCCCACAUGGUGUGUCUUGUAAUACAAUAAAUGUAUAUUUAAUAAACAUUAUUGCAUAAAUGCAUAAAA